GUUGAAUGAUUCAAUAAAAUGAAGAUGUCGUUGUAUGGUCGAUAUAGUGACAGUAAAGCAACAUGCUUUUGUUUCUCCCACAUGAAGAAAAAAAUACAUAACAGACUCUAAGCAACUCUCACAACCUCUAAAUUUCAAGUGUCUAAUAUUCCAAAAAAUAUGAUUAACUUAUUAAAUUACCGUCUUAAAAUAGAUCUUGCAAAUUUCUAUAAUGACCAGCGAAAAUUAAGUUACAUUUACGUUGAUACAGAUAAAAUCACAUAUGUUUCUGGAUUACAUAAAAAAAUUAGUGAUGUUUUCAACAUUGACCGGCCUUUUCAUCUUUUCACGGAUGAGAAUAUAUUUUUACCAUUGAAUGAAGAUAUAAGGAUUAUUGAUAAAAAUGACACUAUCAUAGUUCUGCCAGAAUCUUCUAAUCUCAUUGGAAUUAUCAAUCAGCCGGCAUCAGAAAAAUUCCAAGCUCAAAAGGAUUUUACUAAGCUUAAGGAAUUUGAAAGUACAGAAUCCAAAACGAAUCCUAGCAGUCAAAGUGAAUCAACAUCAGAUACAGAUAAUGAAACAAAAAUCAAUGUAACAGAACAACUUAAAGCGAAUAAUAACCACACAAAAUGUGAAGAGUUUGUUGAUUCCGCAAACCCUCCUAAGAGAAAAAGAAAACGAGGUCGUCGGCGAAGAAAGAACCCUACUCAGACUGCGGAAACGACAUUUCCACUAGUCAAUGAGAAUUCAAAUAAUACGCGUAAUCAAUCAGUAAAUAAUCAUUGUAACAAUGGUUACAAAAAUACAUCUACUCCAAAACAUUUGAAAUUCAAUUGGGAGGAUAUAGAAAAUAGAAAUGAGAAAAUUAAUGGAAAUUCACCUAAACAUUUACAUGAAACAAAACCAACUGUUCGUUCCAAUGAAUCUGCUGAUUUAACUUUAUUACUGGGAUUGAAGAAUUCAAAAAGCCCAUUGAGAUUUGUUAGUAAAAAAGUGAAACCAAAUUCCCCAACAUCUCUGGAGACAACAAAUAAAAAUCCUGAAAAAAAUGAAAAUAAGAAAACGAAAAAACUUGAUUCUCCAAUAACAAAUGGUGUUGUUCCUGACAAAGAAAAUGUUAAUUAUGCUAAUAUUAAUCCGCUUGAUUAUCCAGCAUAUUCAUCAGAAUUUGAAGUUGAUGAUGUUCUUGCAUUCAGAACAUUAAAAAUGGCCGAAGAUUAUUCUCCUACUGUAUCUGGAUAUAUUAUUGCGAAAACCGUAUCCAAAGACUGUACUCAAAAUAACUACGUAUUCAAAAUCCUCGAAGGUCAUGACCAAAUGAAAACACCGAAUGGGAAAUUUUCUCUUCUCAAUGAUGAACAAAAUGAUGAUAAUGAUACAAACCUGGAUGAAGACGCAUUGGUUACUUUAAAUGCAACUCAUCUUGUGGAGCCACGAUUGAUCUAUCGCGUAAAAGCUAACUAAUGCUGUUUUUAGUGUUAUGAUCUUCGUUUAAGAACCAAGAAACUCAUUGCCAGAUCCAGCACAUUUUGUGAUACCCAUUUCAGGCCCACUUCCCAUACAUAAUCUAGGAUUAAGCUAAUCAUGGAUCAAGUAGCAAUAACAGUCUGACAAAAUGAAAGCCUAAGUUACACGAAAACUUUUCGCUUAUGAUUAGUAUAUCAAACCUUAUACGAGAUAUGAAUAUAAAUGUUUCAAGAUUUUUUUCAUACCAUUCUUAAGAUUUUUUUUGAAGAAAAUCAUUUUAUACUGACCGAUUUAAUAAAUGAUAAAGUAACAUACACAAUGUGUUGAUACUCUAAACCAUUACUCUUAGAAGAAAAAUGUAGGAUUAUUUUGAUACAAAGAAUAAAACAUCUAAGCAUUUUAUACAUUAUCAUUACAACAUAGCACGCAAAUGUAUUCUUUUGCACUGUCAGUUCGAUUUCUGAUAAGUUCCUUUCAAUUUACGGCAGAGAAAAAAAGCAAAAAAAAAACUCGAGGCAUCAGGGAGCCUAUUCUUAUCUCUCACUUUGAUAGAGGUUCUCAAGCAUGAAAACGAAAAAUCGAUAUUAUCUUCAACGAAAUUUUCGUAGUAGCCUUUUUGGACUUGAGAUAAAAUUUUU